AUGAAGUUCUCCCUUUCAUGUGUUGCUGCACUCUUCGCAGCCACGGUGCUGGCCACUCCAGUGUCCAAUGAUGUGCUCGAGAAGCGGGACGUUCGUGGCCACUACACUGUCUCUGGCCUCGGUGCGCGCAAGCAGGCAAUUCUCAAAGCCGGUGGUAACACUCUCGAUAUUGCCAUUGCCAUGCUCGAGAUAGAGGACAUGAACACUGCGCACUAUCCCUACGGCGACGCCAAGACCCAGGAUGCAGCCAACUUCGGUCUGUUCAAGCAGAACUGGGGCCAACUCCGCGUCUGUGCCUCGCGAUAUGGCUUUGUUGGACAGCCUGAGGCGAACUGGAACAACGGUGCCAUUCUCAACUCUAACGUGAAGGCGGAUAUCGCCUCCCGCUGGGACUGCCAGCGCUACUACGGGUACGACAAGUGGUUUGCUGGCCACCGUAACGGUGCUAGCGGUCUUGCGAAUCCCUAUACCCAGGACAUUCUCAACUACAAGGCCUCCGUCGAGUGGAUUAAGCAACAGAUCGACAGCAACCCCGCGUACAAGACUGACGAUACCCGAUUCUAUGUUGAGGUUGUUGCUAUCUAG